AUGCCCAGAAAUGCUGUUCAAAUUGUUGUCGAUGGUAUGGAAACAGUAUUUUCAGAAGAUAUUGAAAGUCCAUUAAUCAAUUUUAAAACUGAACAUAAAAGGUUUUCGUAUUUUAAUAAGCAAGGUUCUUUUAUAGAACCAAAAGAAAUGGUUAUAGGUCAAAGACUCAAUAAAGUUGUUAAAAGUGGUAUAUCCAUUCUAGAACCUUCUACCUGUACACAACAAUUUAUACCUCUACGAAAUGUUCUUAAAAAUUUUGUUUCAUUACAAAAUGUGCUUUCUGAAACAUUAGACCAUAUGAAAACUUUAAAAUCAGAUAAUAAAAUUAUUCAAAACUUUAUUCAAGGCACAUAUUGGCAAAGUAGAGCUGUUAGUCAUGGGGAAAGUGUUGUCUUUCCACUUUUUAUUUUUUUUGACGAUUUUGAGAGUGGCAAUGCCCUUGGCAGUCAUUCUGGAAUACAUAAAUUAGGAGGAGUUUACGUUUCAGUACCAUGUCUCCCUUCUUAUCGUUCUACAGUAUUAUCUAAUAUUUUUCUGGCCUUAAUUUUUCAUUCUUCCGACAGAGUUGAAUUUGGAAAUAGGAUUAUUUUUCAGCCACUAAUCGAUGAAUUAAAUUUUUUACAAGAAACUGGUAUUGAAAUAAGUACACCUGAUUAUGAAGGUAAAUUGUAUUUUGAGUUGGGCCUUAUUUUAGGUGACAACCUAGGACUGCAUUCCAUCACAGGUUUUACUGAGAGUUUCUCCUCCAACUUUCCCUGUAGAAUUUGUACUGUCAGAAAAGAACAUAUGUGGGUUCAAUGCUAUGAAGAUAAAAGUUUAUUGAGACAUACUGAGCAGUAUUAUGCUCAAUUAUCACAUAAUGAUGUGUCUGCUACUGGUCUUUUUACGCUACAAGUAUUGAAUAACAGGCUAUUUUGCUUUGACUAUGGACCUGAAAACAAUAAACCGUGUGCACUUACAGAAGAUUAUAUUAAACAAGGAAAUAUUAGACAAUCUGCUUCCGAAAUGUUGACGUUAAUUAUGUACUUUGGUCUACUAGUUGGUGAUUUUGUACCCUCAGAAGAACCAGUUUGGGGUCUAUAUAUUGCUAUGCGGAGAGUUAUAGAUGUUGUUAUAUUAUCAACAUCACUUGAAUUAGACAGUUGUUCAAGGCUUCAGACCUUGGUUGCUGAAAUGAAUGAACUGUAUUUAAACUAUAGUAAAAAACGUUUAAAACCAAAAUUUCAUUUAUUAAAAAAUUUGGACCUGUAA